AUUAAUAAAACUAAACACAGUCACAAAAAACACCUCUGGAUGAGCAAAGUCAAUGUCCUUUCCAUCACUGUUUGCCAAGUGAGAGAAAGAGAGAGACUUAAAAGAAAAAGAAAGACAUUUGCUUUCUUGGUUUUGUCUCAGUUGAUUGGUAAGUUACAAGAUUUGAUGCAUCUUUCUCUGUGGAAGCCUAUAUCUCAGUGUGCUGCUCUGCUCUUGGACAAGAAGAGCAGAAGGAAAGAUGGGUCUGAAUCCAGUCUUGAUAUCAAGAGGGACUCAUCUAUUCUUCGAAAACUUCAAGAACACAAGCUCAGGGAGGCUCUUGAAGAAGCAUCUGAAGAUGGGUUACUCCUUAAAUCUCAAGAUAUGGAGUCUGAGACUCUUGCAAACCAAGAUGAGAGUCUUGGGAGAUCAAGAUCCCUAGCAAGACUCCAUGCGCAGCGAGAAUUCUUGCGUGCCACAGCGUUAGCUGCUGAACGAAUAUUUGAGAAUGAAGAAUCUAUACCUGACCUUCAUGAGGCAUUCUCCAAGUUCCUCAUGAUGUAUCCAAAGUAUCAGUCUUCAGAGAAGGUGGAUCAGUUAAGGUCAGAUGAGUAUGCACAUUUGUCUCCAAAGGUAUGCCUUGAUUACUGUGGAUUUGGGCUUUUUUCAUAUCUUCAGUCUUUGCAUUAUUGGGAUUCUUCAACAUUUAGCUUGUCGGAGAUAACUGCAAAUUUGAGUAAUCAUGCUCUGUAUGGUGGUGCUGAAAAGGGCACUGUGGAAUAUGAUAUAAAGACUAGAAUAAUGGAUUAUUUGAAUAUCCCUGAGCAUGAGUAUGGUCUUGUUUUUACUGUGAGUAGAGGGUCGGCCUUUAAAUUGCUUGCUGAAUCGUACCCUUUUCAUACCAAUAAGAAGUUGUUGACUAUGUUUGAUUACGAGAGCCAGUCUGUGAAUUGGAUGGCUCAAAGUGCCAAAGAGAAGGGUGCUAAAGUUUAUAGUUCGUGGUUUAAAUGGCCAACUCUUAAACUUUGUUCCACUGAUUUGAGAAAGCAAAUUUCAAAUAAGAAGAGGAGGAAGAAGGAUUCAGCAGUUGGUUUGUUUGUAUUUCCAGUGCAGUCGAGAGUUACUGGGGCAAAGUAUUCGUACCAGUGGAUGGCACUAGCUCAACAGAACCAUUGGCAUGUCUUGCUUGAUGCUGGUUCAUUGGGUCCUAAAGAUAUGGAUUCACUUGGGCUGUCCUUGUUUCGUCCUGACUUCAUUAUCACGUCAUUUUACAGAGUAUUUGGAUAUGAUCCUACUGGUUUUGGAUGUCUUCUUAUCAAGAAAUCAGUGAUGGGAAGCCUCCAAAAUCAGUCUGGCAGUACAGGGUCUGGAAUGGUAAAGAUUACACCUGAGUUUCCUAUGUAUUUGAGUGAUUCUGUGGAUGGGUUGGAUGGGUUGGUUGGCAUUGAAGAUGAUGAGGUUGCUGGGAAUGCUGAAAAAGCCACAGAAAAUCAUCCAGUAACACAGUUGCCUGCCUUUUCUGGUGCUUUCACAUCUUCUCAGGUGAGGGAUGUAUUCGAGACUGAGAUGGAGCAUGAGAACAGUUCUGACAGAGAUGGAACGAGCACCAUAUUUGAAGAAACUGAAAGUAUUUCAGUGGGGGAAGUGAUGAAAAGCCCUGUCUUCAGCGAAGAUGAAUCAUCGGACAACUCAUUCUGGAUUGAUUUGGGUCAGAGUCCCUUGGGAUCAGACAGUGCAGGCCAAUUGAACAAGCCGAAACUGGCCUCUCCAUUACCACCUUUCUGGUUUUCUGGAAAGAAGAACAACGCGAGACUCUCCCCAAAACCAACAUCCAAAGUAUAUGGCAGCCCAAUGUAUGAUGACAAAGGGGUAAACUCGGGGUCACAUGAUGACCACCAUGUGUUGUCUUUCGAUGCUGCUGUUCUAUCAGUUUCACAGGAACUGGACCAUGUUAAGGAGGUUUCUGAAGAAGAACAAUUUUCAGGAACAGACCUCUCUUCAAGAAACAAUAAGAAGGGCUCAGAUCGUUUGCAUGUUCAUGAGAUUGAGGAGGAACCUGGAACUAGCUUCUUUUCAAACUCUGCCAUAAACAGAUCCCAUCUCAAUAAUUCAACCUCUGGUUUGCAACAUAACCUAACCAAUGGCUCAACCGCUGCAAUUCGCUCGGAGAUGAAAGAAAGUGCCAUAAGACGAGAAACAGAAGGUGAAUUCAGAUUGUUGGGGAGAAGGGAAGGGAGUAGAUAUGGUGGUGGUAGUAGAUUCUUUGGGUUGGAAGAGAAUGGACAUUCAAGCAGGGGAAGAAGGGUAUCAUUUAGCAUGGAGGACAACCACAAAGAGCGUCUGAGCCAUACUCUGGAGCCAGGAGAGAUAUCUGCAACCAGCCUGGAUGAUGAAGAUUACAGCACUGAUGGAGAAUAUGUCGAUGGGCAAGAUUGGGAUCGAAGGGAACCUGAGAUAAUUUGCCGACACUUGGACCAUGUGAAUAUGUUGGGUCUCAACAAAACUACUCUCCGACUGAGAUAUUUGAUCAACUGGCUAGUAACCUCUUUACUUCAACUCAGGUUACCCAGUCCAGAUGGAGAUGGAAGGGUGAAUCUUGUACACAUCUAUGGCCCAAAAAUAAAAUAUGAAAGGGGUGCAGCAGUAGCUUUCAAUGUCAGGGAUAGAAACCGGGGGCUUAUAAAUCCAGAAGUUGUUCAGAAGCUAGCUGAAAGAGAAGGUGUCUCUCUUGGUAUUGGUUUCCUUAGUCACAUAAGGAUUCUAGAUAGCCCAAGACCACAAUACGGUGCUGUGAACCUUGAAGAUACUUCUUUAUGCAGACCAAUGGAAAAUGGGCAUCAUAAUGGUAAAAGUGGGUUCAUAAGGGUUGAGGUAGUCACCGCAUCUCUGGGAUUCCUGACCAACUUUGAGGAUGUGUACAAGUUGUGGGCUUUUGUUUCCAAGUUUCUUAAUCCAACCUUUAUCAACGACGGUGGCCUCCCAACUGUUGAAGAGGGCACGGAGGCUUGAGUUUUGGGAUACAUGUAUUAAUAGUUUUGUUCCAGGAUGAAAACAAAUGAACUUAGAAGGCAUGGACAAUCAAUUAGGGUGCAAAAUCUGAGAGUCAGAGCCGAAGAUUGAGGGCUGUUAAAUCUGUGUGGCCAGAUCCUUUUGCUCUUCCUCAUGACUCUCUGAUGCAAUGGGUGAAUUUGUUAAUUCUUGUUUGUUUGAUA